AUGCUAGCAGCAGCAGCAGCAGCAGCAUCUUCUGGGAAUUUGUGUAAUGCUAGCAGCAGCAGCAGCAGCAGCAGCAUCUUCUGGGAAUUUGUUGGCCUACAAAUAUUCAAUUCUCGCUUGAAAAUCAACAAACAAGCAAGCAAACAAAAGUCAACUUCCCUUGGUUUUUCAACCUCUUCAGAUUAUUAUCUUUGCCGGAAGACAACUGAGGCCCAGCAGAUGGUAGAAAAGCAAGAAGUGGAAGCUACUCUCUCAGCCAAGUCCAAGGACUCUGAUAACUUAAUAACACCUGUAGUAGAUUCACUGAAAUACCUCACUUCAUUGAAUUAUGAUGUCUUGGCCUAUUGUAUCAUUGAAGCUUUAGCAAAUCCAGAAAAGGAAAGGAUGAAACACGAUGAUACAACCAUUUCAAGCUGGCUUCGGCAUCUUGCUAGUUUCUGUGGUGCAGUUUUUCGUAAAUAUCCAAUUGAUCUUGCUGCUCUUCUGCAAUAUGUGGCUAAUGAGCUAAAGGCAGGCAGAAGUAUUGACCUGCUUAUAUUGAAAGAAGUGGUACACAAAAUGGCAGGAAUAGAAAUCACCGAGGAAAUGACAAUGGAGCAACUAGAGGCCAUGACUGGUGGGGAGCAACUAAAAGCUGAGGGAGGUUAUUUUGGCCAGAUCAGAAACACUAAAAAAUCCUCCCAGAGAUUAAAGGAUGCACUAUUGGACUAUGAUCUUGCUCUUCCCCUUUGUUUGAUGAUAGCUCAGCAGAGGAAUGGAGUGAUCUUUCAGGAAGGUGGAGAGAAACAUUUGGAACUUGUGGGAAGGCUCUAUGAUCAGUGUCAUGAUACCCUGGUACAGUUUGGUGGAUUUUUAGCAUCUAAUCUAAGCACAGAAGAAGAUUACACGAGAGUACCUUCAAUUGAUGUGCUCUGUAACGAAUUUCAUAUACCCCAUGAUGCAGCAUUUUUCUUGUCUAGGCCAAUGUUGUAACACCAUAUUUCAUCCAAAUAUGAUGAACUUAAAAAAUCGGACAAGGGAAGUAAACAGCAACAUAAAGUCCACAAGUACAUUACAUCAUGUGAAAUGGUGAUGGCCCCUGUCCAUGAAGCAGUAGUCUCAUUACACGUUUCCAAAGUCUGGGAUGACAUCAGCCCUCGAUUCUAUGCCACAUUCUGGUCAUUGACAAUGUAUGACCUUGCAGUUCCACACACCAGCUAUGAACGGGAAGUCAGUAAACUUAAAGUCCAGAUGAAAGCAAUUGAUGACAAACAGGCAGAAAUUGACGUCUAA